AGACACGCGCAAUGAUAGCCGGAAGCAUCGAUAGGGUGAAAAUAGAAAUCGAUCAAAUUCAGUGUAGUUCGUAAGUGCAAAGCUUCGACGGACUGCCUUUUCCACGAAAGUUAGCUCGAUAAAUUACAGACCUCUUGACGUGGCGGUGGAGGAAAUGUUGUGGAGAGAGAAGGCCGUUUCUUUUUUCAAGUUACUUGGUGGGGGUUGAGCUGACGUGUGGAGAAGUUCGAGCUGCCAGAAAAGAGCAGAUAAACAAACAAGCAGGGAGUCAGCUGAGCGCCUGCCUGUCCAAACGGGGGCUAACGUUAACCAGGCGAGACUGGGUAAAUGUCAGCGAGAUCAAAUCGUCGCUAGAGUUUUUGACCCAAUAAUUGCUAAAAUAGUGUUCUAACGUUGGUGUUUACCCACACGCCAAGUUCAAAGAGUGGCACAAAGAAGAAAAAUACCACGCGAGGACAACAUUAUUUCACUGUGUUCCUGUCGCCUAGCUUGAUAGAACACUGUCAACAACUUGAUAUGUGCCAUUGAUUUGACUGUGCUUUCUUCAGCAGUUAGCAACAAAAGAAACGUAUUGCUUUAUCCCAUUGAAACGGUACAAUAUAGUACAAACGCUGAGUGGAUAGAGAAGUGGGAUAGCCAUGGCCCACCAUUCGACGCCCAGCUCCCAGAAGGCCCUGAUGAUGGAACUCAAGUCCCUGCAGGAUCAGCCGGUGGAGGGCUUCCGCAUCGGCCUGGUGGAGGAGUCAGACCUUUACAACUGGGAGGUGGCCAUAUUUGGCCCCCCUAACACACUGUAUGAGGGAGGCUACUUUAAGUCUCACAUCAAGUUCCCCAUUGACUACCCCUACUCUCCUCCGACCUUCCGUUUUUUAACAAAGAUGUGGCAUCCCAACAUCUAUGAGAACGGCGACGUGUGUAUCUCCAUCCUUCACCCUCCCGUCGACGACCCCCAGAGCGGGGAGCUCCCCUCAGAGAGGUGGAACCCCACUCAGAAUGUCAGGACCAUCUUGCUGAGUGUGAUCUCUCUGCUGAAUGAGCCCAACACCUUCUCCCCGGCCAACGUGGAUGCCUCAGUUAUGUUCCGCAAGUGGAGAGACAGCAAGGGCAAGGACAAGGAGUACGCAGAGAUUAUCAGGAAGCAGGUGGUGUCCACAGUGGCUGAGGCGGAGCGCGACGGUGUCAAGGUACCCACCACGCUGGCAGAGUACUGCGUCCAGACCCGGGUUCCCUCCCAGGACAGCAGCUCAGACCUACUCUACGACGACCUCUAUGACGAUGACAUGGAGGAGGAGGAAGAAGAGGAUGAAGAGGAAGAAGAUAAUGACAUGGAGUCAGGAGGAGAGGCAGGUGGGACAAGUGAAGGAGGAGGCGUCUCUACUCGCUGCUAUGACGACGACCAGGAGGAUUCUGGGAACGAGGACUCUUGAUGAUGAUGAUGGACGCCCUAAAUUGACGCCUUACACCCUGCUACGUCCAAUCCUAGCCUCCCUUCUGAUCCUGUUAAGCUUAGAACAUCCCCUAAGAAUAACACAUGUACUUCGUCUGGUACAUUGAUAGUCAAGUAAUAACUGGACAAAUAGGACACCUCAAUUUGAGUGGAUUCCAAUUAAAGGCGCGUACAACAAUGACAAAUAUUGAAUAUCUCAGCGAAAUAUAAUUUGUGUAGUUAAAAUUAUAUUUUUAGCACAGAUGGAGUCAGAAAUGUUUUAAUUUCUCCUUUUGAAAUGUGACUUUAACGCAUGCUUUUGGUUUCCUUACUCAAUGGUCAUAUAGUCAAAGCCUGCCUCCCUGGUCUGAUAGCUUGAUAGAAAGAAGAUAGUUGUUGAACAUAAACACAAACAAACAUCCAAACCCCAGGGGAGCUAGUUUGUUGCAAAAUGUGCAGAUAAUCUCUGCCUUUAGGCUAAGAUCAAGUGUAGUAUCUGUUAUUGUCAAUUUAAAAUCUGAACAAAAUUUUAGAACGGGGAAAUGGAAAAUGGGCUUCUGUCUGCUCUACGGAACCACCUGGUAUUGCAGUGCCUCUGGUACGGAGCACACACAAGAAAGAUGCUUCUAAAUGAAAUGUGGUGUUUGUGUUGCUUUACAGCAUUGGGUGCGGUUGCUUUUGUUUAUGUCCAACAACUGUGCUUUUUGUCAUGUCACUAAAUGUAUUUGCUAGAAGAAUGUUCUGGGCUUAAAUCUUUUAUUUUGGUCCACUCUUGGCCCCUUCAUACCAUGUUAAUCUUUCAUUUUGUGUUGUACGUCUGGCUGUCUGGUGCUUUCUCUGUCUGUCUCACUGUCUGGAUGGCUGAAUCUCGGUUUUGUGUGGCAUGCUGUCUUGCUCUGUCAAUGUUUCCCUCUUUCUGUCUCAUCACCCUCACUGCUUUGUCAGCCAGUCGUCAGCCAGCCAGCAGCAGUCGUUCUGUCCGUUUGUGUGUUUGUUCACUCUUAAGGCGAUCAACUUUAACCUACAGACACAACACAAAUUCUGCCCUGACCGACCCCACCUUCACCCCACACCUCCUGUUUCACCUCUGAACUCUGAUCCCUGUAGAACUGGGGGGUCUUCAUUAGGUACCAAAAUGGACAGAAACAGGGAUGAAUUACCAUCUUCAAUUGUCUAGUAAGAAAUGCUAAUUUUUGUUUUCUGUAGCAAAACGUUAUGACUGAGCCUUUAUAAGAUACUGAGAGGAUAUGCCGUCUCGGGCACAGAACCACAGGAGUUACAUCCUCCUUCACUCUUUCCAUCCAUCCUUUCCCUGCCGCAGGGCCUCCAAUAGACUCUCACUGGGAGAGAACCAGGGAUGUAGUGGAGAAUAAACGCACCUUAACGCCAUCUACGCACCUCUAUAUGUUGUGAAAAGUGUUGUUGGCACUCAUUCAGUGUUUACCCACCUUAUGUCUUUACUAUUACAUCCCUGGAGAGGGCUCACUCAAACUGCUCCUCAGCUUGAGCUUGGUAUUGUUUAGAUUCUUUAAAAAAAAAUGUUGUGGUUGUGUGUUUACAGAGGGAACUUCAAAUCUCCAACAGCACUAUCGAUCCCCAUGUCUCUUACAUUUCCCCCCCCAACCUCCAUUCAGGGUUUCCUUCUCUUUGUUAUUUCUGUGUUGCCCUGUUCCGUUGGCCAUGCUUCACAAAACUAAACCAGACCAGGUUCUUUGUCGUGUUCUUGAUAUGCUUUCUUGGAAUUGGCGCAAACUCCUGGAAUUCUAUGCGAGCCAGUCAGGUGGUCAAAAUGGAAAGUGAAAUUGAAUAAGUGGUAUUCUGUAUUUUAAUCAACUAUUUACACAUGCCAAAAGGCAUUAGCCAUUGUUUAUGUUAGUUAGCACAUAUAUAGCCGAAAGAGCACAUUUAGUCAUCAACAACAUGUAUCAGCCAGGAAAGUAGAUUUUGCUAAUUCGUGACUGAGCACAUGCUGCAUUGGUGAUUCAGAGUUACACAUGGAGCACAAUUGCAUUUUUUUGGGUGGAAAAAAAUGAUGCUUCUUGGAACUCUGCUGCAAAUACUUGGGUUGUGUAAGUGAGGUGACAUCACAGACAAGUCGACCUAUCAUCUGUGCUCAUUAGGCCUGCAGUUUUCACGUUUCCAUGCGUGUGUGUUUUACCAUGACCCCAUUCAAUGGAACACAGAACCUGUUACACCUCGCAUUCACAAGGAGGUGCUGGCCUGGAUUCUAUGCCAAGGAAAUGUUUCAUGACCACUUCCAGUAACGCUACAACCAUCAGUCAGUUAUGGAUAUGUGUGAAAUAUGUCCUGUUUUUAACAACUAUAAAGGAGAGACUUGACAAAUCAGUCUGAGGAAGACUAACAGAAUCAAAAGAAACUUUUCUCCUCCCUUGCUCUGUUGAACUUAUGUCCUCACUGGGGCUGGCUUCAUGUCAAAAAAAUAGUUGACUGAUGGAUCACAAAUAGAUUGUUCUUCUCCUCAGCCACUGGACUUUCAGGGAUAUGAUGUCAACGACCGGGGUGAACCAUGUCUCAAUACUCCUUAAAUGGCUUCCUCUCUUCACCCCCUUUUUCUUCAUGAUCACUGAUAGGUGAAAGGAAUGGAUACAUUUCCACUAGGAAGGAAGCCAUUGAGUAUUGAGACCCAGCGUUCUUAUUCUCACUGACUUUUGCCUUCUGUGUUGACGUGGCGCAGGCAGUUGGAACAGCGUUUACCUGGUCCUGAAUCCUAGAUCAAAAUGACACUCGUUUAGAAGGACCACAUGCUAGGCUGUCAGAAUCUCACUAUUGCGAAGUGUGUGUACCAGUGUUUGAGGAGCUUUUCCCUCUGUGGCUGAAAACGGUCACGUUUGGACAAACUACUUCACUGUUUCCACAGCCAGUGAUAUGGAUGAUGCAGUCCUCCUUUGUUUUGUAGUUUUUCAUUUAAUUAUCUCUUCCUAUUGUGUUGUGAGGAUGCAAAUGUCACCUAUUAAAUUUAUAUUCUAAAAAUGUUGAA